AUGAAAGGGGUUUGCGCCGAGAACGAACGAUCAAUCCCUCCCCAACCUUCCACCAGCAGCACCUUCCAAGAAGCCCUCCCGCCGCCGGUCCUCCAGGCGCAAGGGCUGGGCGGCAGUGACGUCAUCCUGGGCGGCGGUGUUUGUCGUGGCUCUGGGCCUGCUGACGUGGACGCUGUACCUCUCUUCCUUCUCGCCCUCCUUUCUUUCGCCUCUCCCUCCGUUCCGCGUCCUCCCUUUGCCCUCCCUCUUCCCCGCCUUCUCCCUUUCCUCUCUCCUCUCCCUGCCCGCAUCUCCAUCCCCUUUUCUUCUCCCCCUAACCGCCAUGCUUCUCCCUAUUGCUUUCCCCUUUCCAACUUUUCUUCCCGGUUCGUUCUCAUUUUGCUGCUCCCUAGCGCCGCACCUUCUCGCCUCUCCUUUUGUCCUUAUCCUCUCCCUUCCCUUCCCUUCCUUUCCCUUCCCUUCCCUUCCCUUCCCUUCCCUUCCCUUCCCUUCUCAUCCUGUGUCUUCCCAUAUUCACGCCUCUAUUGCACCAAUCAGACCACGCCACGUGGCAAUUCAGGGCAGCAACUGGUGGGAGGAAGCAGGGUUGGGCGCAAGGAGGAGGGGGGGCCGGCAGACAGAGAAGCAGUGCGUGUUGAGGAGGAUGGGGACAUGGGGCAAAGGCAAGGUGUGGCUGGGGACAAAGGGGUGGAGGAUGGGGGAGAGAGAGGGGAAAAUGGGGUUGAUGGAAGGGAGGAAGGAAAAGAAGGGCAGCAACGGCAGGGGGAGGAGAGACAGGAGAAUGAGAAACAGCAGGGGCAGGGAUGGGGAAGGAUAUAUGGGGAAGGAGGAGGAGAGGGUAAGAGAAAUGGGUCAGAACCGGAGCAGGGAAAGGGGGAAAGGGGAGGGGUGAUGGGGACAUUGGAAGCACAGGCGAAGGCGUUGCAGCAACAGAAGGCAGAGGUGCAAUCGUGGGAGGAGGAGGUGAUAAAGCGAAUAGGGGCCGUUGAGAAGAGGGAGUGGGAUGUUGCGAAGAGGGAGAAAGAGAUGGAGGCCAAGUGGACAGAGAUGAAGGAGCGAAAGGAGGAGGAGCGGGUGAAGGCGUGGGAAAGGGAAGGGGAAGAGGAGGAGGGGGAUGUGGGGGGGUUGAUGAGGGUGAGUUCGAGAGGAGAGGAAGGGGCUGGUUUGAGGGGGGCUAAUAGCGCAAAGGGCUCUGAGGUGACUAUAACGGAUGUGACCAAAGGCGGAUUGCAGACGAACAGCAGUGCUGCAGUUGAAAUAAUGAAGGGUGUGACUUUACUGAAAGCGGGGAAAGGAAGGCCAGGAGCAGCAGCAGCAGCAGGAAGAGGAAGAGGAGGAGGGACUGGUGGUGGUGGUGGCAGGGGCAUGCAGCAUGAUGUGAUGGAGGCGCUUCAGAUGCUGAAGCUGAACCUAAGAGCGUUGGAGGAGAAUGUUGAGACUGUGCUGCUCACUGAAAGCAGCCUCCACCCUCACGCCUUCAACACGACUGCAGCAUUCCUGCACCUCCCACCCGGCUCCGUUGAAACACCACCACCAACAGCAGCAGCAGCAGCAGCAGCAGCAGCAGCAGCAGCAGCAGCAGCAGCUGAGCUAGACGGAUCCCCGGCAGCUGCAGCCCCCAAGGCUUCAGAGGCCCCCAAGCAGUAUGUGCGGGAAGCAGUGGCAGGGCCGCUGGUGAUAGCGGGCAUGGUGUAUAACCGCAUGUUUGAUGGCGACUACACUCGCUUCUGGGCGCUGCACGUGUGGCAGUGGUUGGAGUAUCAUCGCUAUGCAGGAGUGACUCGCUUCUACUGGUAUGACGAGGCCAGGAGCGCUGAAGAGGACCAGGACGUGGUGCUGGCCCCUUACAUCGAUGCCGGCCUGGUGGUAUACCACCGCGUGCGCGAGAUGCCAUUCGUGGAGGGCAACUUCACAGCGUACCUGGAGAGGAUGUUUCGGUGCAAGCAGGGGGCUGCUUACAACCACUGGGUGAAGCACUAUGCAUCGGAGGUGCACUGGGCUUUCCACACCGAUAUCGACGAGUAUUUCUUUACCCCGUGCGGCACGCCGCCCGGCUUUCUUCGUCACUACCUGCAGACGUUGCCAAAUACGACAGUACAGGUCCUGAUUCAGAACAUGUUUUUCCUCGGGGAUCCAAUAGGUUCAGACACCGACACGCUGCUAGAGCGCUACACCCUGCGAAUGCCCGACUCCUCUGGGCGCCACCGCACUAAACCCAUUGCAUGGCUGCCCCUCGCCGCUCACCUCAUGGACGACUGUAUCAACCCGCACGAGUGGGCUGUCAUGGAGAAUGGGCCGCCGCCAUUGGUCGAUAUGGAGAAGAUGAGGCUGAAUCACUACUGGGGGGACCGCGCCGGGGUGAUUUCGGACAAUACCCCGGUUUAUACGAUGGACGUUACGAUGAUGGACGAGUAUGGGGAUGGGCUCGUGAAGGAUGAGUCAGCACAGCCCAUGGGAGUGUGGCUGCGGCAGCGCAUGCAGGUGGCAUGGGCGGUCAUAUCGGCACAGGCGGUUCACAAGGAGAGGAAGCGGCUCAGGAAACGUGUGGCUGAGGUGACGACACGUGUCAGGCAGCUAGUGGCUCUCGUGCCCCGGCUGUUGCAAGGGAGAGGAGGCGGGGGAGUGAUGAGAGGAGGGGGAGGAGAGGGAGGUGGGAGAGGAGGGGGAGUGAAGGGAAGAAAGGGAGGGGAGGAGAGUGAGAAAGCAGGGAAGUUGGAAGGUGGGGUGAGCAUGGAGGUGAGUGGGUUGGCAGGGGAUGAGGCCAUGGGAGAGGGUGAUGGGGGGUAUGGGGGAAAGGGUGAUGGGGAAAAGGGUGAUGGUAGUGGUGAGGGUGACAUGAUGCUGGGAGGAAAUUUUAUGAUGGGUGAGUUUCUCGUUGCGGAUAUUCUCAAUGCCACUAAUGCUACAGCUGGUGCAAAUGUCUACUCCGGUUUGAAUUCGACUGCUUGUGCAAACGUUAUCACCCGUGCAAAUAGUGCUGCCGGUGCGAAUGCUUCGGCGGGUGCUGAUGCCAGCAAGGGUGCUGCUGAUGCGACCAGAGGCUGGGACGCGCAAAACGUCGACGUCGCUGGUGCCAGGUGCAAGUCGAGGUGA